AUGGGAGAUGAGCACUCAAGACCACCAAGAAUCAACCCUGACCUGCAGGUGCUGAAGAGGGUAAACCUACCAGAGCUCAAGCUGAGGACCUUCGAUGGGAACAUUGAGACAUUCAAGUCGUUCCUGCGAGCAUUCAAGACCAACAUCGCCUCCAAGCUCGAUGACGAAGAAGAGAAGUUAAUGUAUCUGAUGCAGUUCACAGCAGGCAAGCCAAAGGAGAUCGUCUCAACAUGCAUUCAUCUUCCACCAGAGUUGGGAUAUCAAGAGGCAGUGAGAUUGUUGGAGCAGCGCUUCAGCAAUGAUGCACAGACGACUGAAGGACUCCUCAACCGCAUCCUGUCGCAGGCCAGUAUGCGAUCUGAUGACGUCAGCAGCCUGGAUUCGUUCGCCAUUCACCUGCGAGGGACACUCAACGCGUUGAGGAAUCUGCCACAUGGGACAGGCGUUGUAGAUGCGAAGACAAUGCGAGACAUCAUCGACAAGGUUCCCUUCUUGGCAGAUAGAUGGCGUCGUGAAGUCGAUCACAUCGAAUGUGAAGAAAGGAGGAGACCAGACUUCACUGAUCUUGUGGCGAUGAUUGAGAAGGAGGGUCAUGAGACGGACCGAUGUCCGAAGCUGGAAGUCAAGACGCAUGAAGAGAAGACCAAGUUCGUAAGAGCCACUACCGCCGGACACGCCGCUCCGAAACGAGAGAACGGAGGAAAGCUGCAAGUUGUUCCGGUGGUUGUCCUGAUCAACGGAAGAAGACUGAAAACUGCAGCCUUCUUCGACACGGGCAGCACCCAUUCGUUCAUCACAGAGCAGCUCAUCAGUGAAGCCGGCAUGUCUCCUGACAGACAAACGUCCAUGACGGUGUCUACCAUAGUCAGCGACCAGAAGAUGAGCACCAGCGUGGUGUCGGGUGUGACCAUCGAGAACGAAGAGACGGGGACUCGACAGGAACUGCCGCCACUUUACACCCUCAACACAAUCCCUGUAACGGAGGAUGACAUUCCCACAGUUGAUGACGUUCGCAGAUGGCCGUACCUGCUAGAGAGCGGGGUGACAGUCUCAGAUGAGGCGUCUCUUCCAGUCGGGCUGCUCAUCGGCGGCAACGCCGCAGUAGUGAUGGAGCCGUUGAGGUUUGUGAAGGGGGAAGAUGGCGGACCAUACGCCACUCUAACCAGGUUCGGGUGGAUCCUCGGCGGUCUGAAGAACGUGAGCAGCAGAUGUCGAGUGAACCGCAUCAAAAUCAACGAGAACGACCCAAUGGCUGAAGAGUGGUUCGAAAACCGAGCUGAAGUAAGGAGAGGACUCUCGGUAGAGGACGUGAAGUGGUGCACUCUCAUGGAACACAGUUGUGUCAAGAAGGAGAAGUAUGAGAUUGUGCUGCCAUUUCGAGACCAGGAGCCUCGUCUGGAGAACAACCGAAGUGUGGCAGAAAGGCGCCUGGAGCUGCUGAGAAAGAAGUUUGAAAGGGACAAAGAGUACGCAGAGGAAUACACCACUCGGAUGAACAAGCUCCUGGAAGAUGGACACGCUGAAGCGGCACCAGAAGCUCGAGAAGACUCAGGGAGAUGGUACCUCCCCCACUUCGCGGUCAGGCAUCCGACGAAGGAGACCCUCCGUGUUGUCUUCGAUUGCGCGAGCAAAUACCGUGGCACCAGCCUCAACGACACGCUGCUGCAGGGACCAGACCUGACCACACCGCUGGUGGACGUGCUGCUUCGCUUCCGUCAAAACCCUUGCGCCUUUACAGGUGACAUUGAAGCAAUGUUCCUGCAGGUCUCUGUUCCCGAGUCUCAGAGGGACUAUCUGAGGUUCCUGUGGUGGCCCGAAGGUGUUCUCAGCAAUCCUCCUUGUGAGUACAGGAUGAAGGUUCACCUGUUCGGCGCAACAUCUUCUCCGAGCUGUGCCAACUUCGCGCUCCAUCGUACAGCUGAAGAUAACGACUCCCUGUCAAGAGAAGCCAGUGAAACGAUCCGGAACAACUUCUACGUAGACGAUGUUCUGAAGUCCGUCAAGGAUGAAGAGACAGCGAUCAAGCUGAUGAAGGACCUGAAGGUGAUGUGCGCGCUGGGAGGCUUCAAUCUGACGAAGUUUGACAGCAACAGCAUCGAAGUCCUUCAGUCAGUACCUAAACAAGACAGAAGCAAGCAGGUUAAGGAUCUGACGCUCGGAUCUGACCCCCUACCUACGGAACGAGCUCUCGGCGUCGUUUUGGAUCCAAACACGGACACCAUCGGCUUCAACGUAGACAUUCAGAAGCUGACGCGGAAGACAGCCACCAAACGAGGGUAUCUGUCUGCAGCCGCGUCCUGCUAUGAUCCUCUCGGUCUGGCAGCUCCCUGUGUCGUCAGAGCGCGAGUGAUCAUUCAGAAGCUGCACCGUCUUGCGGUGGGAUGGGACGACAAGGUGCCGGAGAGCCUGAGAAGAGAAUGGGAGGGAUGGUUGACUGACCUGCGCAACCUGUCUCUUUUGAAGAUACCAAGGUGUCUGUCUCCGUUGGGACUGGACGCGGCACUUGAUGCUGGGGACACGAUUCAACUUCAUCACUUCGCUGAUGCCAGUUCGUCAGCGUACGGUGUCGUCUCGUACGUGCGCUGUGUUGGUGACCACUCCAGCUGCACGCUUCUCUUCAGCCGGGCUCGACUUGCGCCGAUGAAGCAGCUCAGCGUACCGCGUCUGGAGUUAGCGGCAGCGACGCUCGCCGUGAAGAGUAGCCUGGAACUGCAGAGAGCGCUGGAAGUGGACGCCGAAGUAUAUUUCUGGACGGACAGUACCACCGUCUUGAAAUACAUCAAGAACGAGAAGACGAGAUUUCAUGUGUUUGUCGCAAACCGCCUUGCGGUCAUCCACGAUGGUUCCGCGGCCGGGCAGUGGCACUACGUGCCGAGUGAGUCAAAUCCAGCUGACCUCGUAUCGCGCGGAAUGAACGCAUCCUUUCUGAUUCACAGCGAUCUCUGGAGAUUUGGACCCAGCUUCCUGAACGGGAAGGAUCAGGAGUGGCCUGCAAACCCUGCCGAAGACGCUGUGAGCGAGGCCGAUCCGGAGGUGAAGGCUGUUGUCAUGACCACGACAUGCAAAGACAUCUCUCCUAUCGAGAAGCUGACCCAGUACUACUCAUCUUGGAGACGUCUGGUCAGAGCCGUGGCACUGCUCCGCCGGCUGGUGCUGCGGUGGAAAAAGAGCGCGCCUCAGGAUGUGAAGACUACGGCGCGUCUGACUGUAUCGGACCUGGAGGCGGCAGAGAGCUGCAUCCUCAAAGACUUACAAGCUAGACAUUUCAGUCAGGAACUCUCCGACUUGAAGUCCGGCAAGCCUGUGAGCACUUCGAGCUCUCUGGUGCGCUUGGACCCAUGGCUGGAGGAAGACACGCUUCGAGUUGGUGGACGACUCAGGAACAGUGCUCUGCCAUUUGACUCGAAGUUUCCCAAGAUUCUUCCGGGACGAGACCCUGUAGUGGACCUGCUCAUCACUGCAGCUCAUCAAAACGCCGGACAUGAAGGCAGGCAACACGUCCUGUCUGAUCUGAGAGCGUCGUACUGGAUCGUGGGCGCCAACACCGCGGUGCGUCGCUGUCUCAACCGCUGCAUCAGCUGCAAAAAGAGACAGAAGCAGACAGAGCAUCAGAAGAUGGCCGAUCUUCCUGAAACGAGACUGGGCGUGGGCGACAAGGCUUUCACCCACACGGGAAAUUCUUUUCUGUGUGCCCUGCGACGCUUUAUGGCGCGGCGCGGCGGCGUCCGAUCCCUUCGAUCGGAUCAAGGGACGAACUUCAUCGGAGCGGAAAAGGAAUUAAAAGAAGAAGUCAACAAACUGAAGCAGCACGAAGGUGAAAUCCACGAAUUAGCUCUCCGUCUCGGCAUCGACUGGCGCUUCCAUCCUCCCCACGCCUCUCACUUUGGCGGUGUUUGGGAGCGUCAGAUACGCACCAUCAGGAAGCUGCUCAACGCUCUGCUGACACAACAGACGUUCUCACUUCAGACUUUGCAGACACUCCUUGUCGUAUUCCCUCCUUCAAGCACAGAGUGGGAUCAUCACAGGAGCUGGAAGCAGGCCGGCUACCUCGCCGAUCUGUUUUGGCGUCGAUGGAGGACGGAGUAUCUCCCUCUGCUGCAAGAGCGGAGCGGACGCGCAACAAGAAGUCGAGACAACGUGAAGAAAGGAGACAUCGUCCUGAUGGUCGACGACUCUGUACCGCGUGGAGUGUGGCCGCUGGGCCGGGUCGAAGAGGCCAUCGUGAGCGCUGACGGCCGAGUGCGCUCUGUCCGAGUUCGCGCACGCGGUACGUCGUACUACAGACCGGUCACUAAAAUCGUCAAGAUCCUCGACGAGAGUAACCCAAGACGAGAGUGA